GCAGGGACGGAGACUGCGGUGAUAAACAAACACACGCAGUGGAGUCGUUAGUAUCUGGUCGAGCUCUGUGGCAGCGCUUUGACAGCACCGGCCCACUUUCAGGAAAGCUGACCUUCACGGACCGAGCUUUAGAGCCAAAACCGGGUUAAAUACCCAGCCACUUUAUCUGGAAAAAAAAAAACAACCCAAGGAUUUUAUCCCUUCUCCCUCUCUCUCUCCCUCCCUCCUUCCUUCCUUCCCCCGGAGUCGGCUUAUGUGACACAUUAACGUCCCCGGCAGCGAAACGAGCGAGAAACAUGACGGAGCUGAGGAAGCGAGGCGGCGGCGGAGGAGACCCUGACAGCACCGAGAAUAUCAGCGACAAGGAGGCCGAUGGUGAUGACAGGCUGGGCCUGCAAGGCGAUGCAGAGGGAGAAUGUGACGGUGACUCCAAAGCAGACACUCCAGAUGUUCCUCUCUCCACAGCAGACACAGACAACACUCCACAAUGCCUGAACAAAGCUCUGGAGGGCCUGCCGCCCAGAUGGAAGAACUACUGGAUACGAGGGGUUCUGUCUUUAGCCAUGAUUUCAGGCUUUUUCCUUAUCAUCUACAUGGGACCCGUCACUCUUAUAUUAGUGGUCAUGACUGUCCAAAUCAAGUGUUUCCAAGAAAUCAUCACCAUCGGCUACAGAGUUUAUCACUCUUAUGAACUGCCGUGGUUUAGGACACUAAGUUGGUACUUCCUGAUUUGCGUCAACUACUUCUUCUAUGGUGAAACUGUAGCAGAUUACUUUGGGGCUCUGGUGCAGAGGGAGGAACCUCUGCAGUUCCUGGCCCGCUAUCACCGCUUCAUCUCCUUCGCUUUGUACCUUGCAGGUUUCUGCAUGUUUGUGCUGAGUUUAGUGAAGAAACAUUACCGCCUGCAGUUUUAUAUGUUUGCUUGGACCCAUGUGACCCUGUUGAUUGUGGUAACUCAGUCCCACCUUGUCAUUCAGAACCUGUUUGAAGGAAUGAUCUGGUUCAUUGUCCCAAUCUCCAUUGUGAUCUGCAAUGAUAUCAUGGCCUAUCUGUUUGGAUUCUUCUUUGGGAGGACUCCGCUGAUUAAGCUCUCCCCCAAGAAGACCUGGGAGGGCUUCAUCGGAGGUUUCUUCGCCACUGUGGUCUUUGGCUUCAUCCUGGCCUACCUCCUGUCUCAGUUCCAGUACUUUGUGUGUCCCGUGGGCUUCAACAGCGAGACCAAUGGGUUUACAGUUGAAUGUGAGCCUUCUGAUAUCUUUGUGAUGCAGGAGUACACUCUUCCUGCUGUCAUACAAAAUACACUGAGAUGGAAAACGGUGAACCUGUAUCCCUUCCAGAUCCACAGCGUCUUCCUCUCGUCAUUCGGUUCUCUCAUCGGGCCUUUUGGCGGCUUCUUUGCCAGCGGAUUCAAGCGAGCCUUCAAAAUCAAAGACUUUGCCAACACCAUUCCAGGCCACGGUGGCAUCAUGGAUCGAUUCGACUGUCAGUACCUGAUGGCCACCUUUACACACGUCUAUAUAGCCAGCUUCAUCAGGGGACCGAACCCAAGCAAGGUGCUACAGCAGCUGUUGAUGCUUCAGCCUGAACAGCAGCUCAGCAUUUUCCACACUCUGCACUCCCACCUGAGAGAGAGGGACAUGCUGCCCCCCGCUGCUGCCCAGGCUGAAUGAAAGGCCGCCGGCUUCACAGGGUGAUGACUGGAGAGUGUGUGUGAUGAUUUGGAGAGUUUGUGUAAGCAUGUACACACGCACACAGGCACACACACACACACACUUAAGUAUGGCUGUAUGGUGUGUGAUCCCAGGCCUCUGGCCGAGCAUCCAUCGUCAUCCUGUCUGCUCUUCAUUCAACUUCCAACCAGCUCAAAACCACCAUUUUGAACCUGAGGUCACUCUCCAGACUACGUGGAACAACGUCACAGUGAAACAAAAAAAAACACACAAUACCAAAAAAUAAUAAUAAAAAGAAAUAGGUGGUUUUGUUGCUUUCCACUUGGACUGGCACAUAAACAACAACACGCUUCACGAGCAAACAGGCAGUCCCCAUCCUAAAAACGUACAGACUGAAGAUAUAAUGUCAUAUCAGAACAAAACGGACUCUAAAGCACAUGGCUUUUUCAGCGCGGGUGGAUGGUGGAUGUGCAGUUUACCUGUGGACGGCAAAUAUUGCACUGACUUCAGCUGAAGAAACGGAUUUGAGAAACUUUUACCAGCAUAAACUGGGCCCAAAAUGUUGGGCACGUGGACCUGAGGUACAGCAAACAGACUGCUGAGACUUGUCUUUCUGGGGUUUGGGUGUGGGUGAAGCAGUGAUGCAGCAGGGUUGUCAUACAUACUCUAGGCACUGUUUUAUAGACUAUGCUCUAUUUAAUGAUCCUAACCUCACAGCAUAACUAAACAUGUAGCAUGUACGAAAGUCCUGUCUUGGGCUACUGCUAAACUAAGCCAUGUUCUCUUCUUCCACAGUGUGAACCUUUAGCUUUUAGUCUUCUGUCUAAAUCUAAAUAACUUGCACAGUUAAAGUCAAUAGAAAAUUGACUGUAGGCAUGUUAACGCAGAAACUAGAGCAUCAGCACUAGAGCAUCAACACUCAAGUUAUAUGUAUUGUACAUAAAUAUACUGGAAAUAUUUAGCUGAACAACUACGGAAUAAAUACUAUAACUAUUUGUGUGACCUACUGGGGAAAAAGAAAAACACUUUUAAGUUAUGAGAAAUGAUAUGCAAAAAAAAGAGAUUUAACUCAUUUGUAGCCUUUAGCAUGAACAAAAUAGAUUUUUAACAGGUAGGGAUGUAGAUUUGAGAUCUGCAGUUGCUGCUUUAGAGGGUGUGCUGGGUGACCCUUUAUUAUAGAUUGUAAAAAGAAUUUAAAGGAAUAAUUUGACAUUUGGAAAAAUAUGCUUAUUCUUGCUGAGAAUUACAUUAGAAGAUCAAUACCACUUCCACGUUUGUGCGUGAAGUAUGGAGCUGCAUUAACGAAUGCAAUGUUGGCGAACAACAGUUGCGUACAGUAACUUCCCGCAGUUGUUACAGUGACGCCCAGAAACACACAAGAACAGUUUGUGCACACAAUGAAGAGCAGCACAAAAUUCUACAAAGCAGCUAACUUGGAUGCAACACACUACUUUAGAACUUAAAUAAUCACAAUUUUUAUUUUCUGACCAGAUAUCCACAAUCCUCUCUGACUUUUGUUGCCAGAAUCCUGUGAGACACUCAGUGUGGAGGCUAGCUUAUGUGAACUUUGGCUGCAAAACAUGGGGGAAAAUCAGCGUAGUGCACAGCUAUGCCAGCAAGCAAGUGUUGAGUGGACCCUUAACAAUAGUUGUCUUAGACUACUACUGCUAAUUGUAUUUGUUUUAAAAAUUAUAUAAACUUUAUAUAAAUGAUAUAAGCCAGAUUGAUGGUCAUGUCUGAGCUUUAACUUUGAAGCUGCUUCCAGUCUUUAUGCUAAGCUAGGCUAAUCACCUCCUAGCUCCAGACUCCAUACUAACCGCACAUACAUGAGCGUAAUAUUGAUCUUCUUAUCGAACUUGGGAGGAAAAAAUGCAAAUAAGCGUAUUUUCAAAAUGAUGAGAAUAACUAUUCCUUUAAAAAAAGACUGUGCUUCCUUUAUCGAUUUAUCCAAUGAUUUUAGUUGCACUGUAGCAGUGGGGAUGAGGGAAGGGUGGAUGCAUCAGACCACUCUGAAGGUUCCCACAUGUUCAUACUCAAUGUUUGUUAAACUGUUGAAAAACAUCUUGCUAUUUGAGAGUCUUAUGCAUUAAAUCAGUCACUUACUUUAAGUUUUGAAUGUAGUUUGCAAUAUAAGAUAUCAAUGAUAACACAAGAUUUGAGUACAUUUGGAGCCUAUAUACAGUACAGUAUAUGUGUAUGUACUGUACUGUACUGUAUAUACACAUAUCUUUAUGUAUAUAAACAUCUAUUACUCUAAUUUUAUGCAAGUUGCAGUUUGAUAAAGGGUUGGAUAAUUUAAUUCUACAGGAAAUGUGUGGCAUUUAUUAUUAAUCACAUGUUCACCAGUGUGAUAAAUGACACAAUGCAUUAUGAGCGUGUUACGAGGCUGUGUUUGCGGCCAAUGAGAUUCUCUGAUUGAAACCAGAUCUUUUCAGAGAGAAAUGUUUACCAAAGCACUGUCUGAUUAACACUGAUUUCCUUCCGUUAUUGUCAAGCUCCAAGACCCAGGUCCAAACUGUCUCCUUACUAUUCCGACAACCUCUCUUUGUUCUGAAAAAUGAAAAACCAAGGAGUUUGGAACUGGGACGCAGACUGGAGUGCUAACAUUUGAAUCUGUGGCCUGUGCAAUGUGUGUCACUGUUCACUUCCUUAAGUUGUUGGACGACGAGGAUGGUAUAAUUUAUUUGUCCGGUUUGUUCUGUGCAUGUUUUCUUCAUAGACGUGCAUUUUAGCGUGUUUUCCCCAUUUGAAGUGAAUAGGGGCGAUGGGUGGAUUUUUGGGACCAGCUGUAUUGUACUGUAUAAAUCUAUGACUAAAUCCUGUCUCUGGUUAAACACACACUACUGCUUUACAGGUGUUUCUGUAUUCAACCAUCACUGUCCAACUUACAUACUGAACAAGAACAAGCAAAGCAUGUUGACAGGUGGGCAGUGUUCAGACUAAAGCAAUCUGACCAAAAAUCAACACAAACAGCUGACAGUCAAAUUAUUUAGAUGUUUUUAAAGCUGUUUUAUAUAGGAGUAUGGUGUGCGCCACUGGAAUAAUAAAAAAAGUAAAAUGUGAAAAAAGUCAGAAAAACACACUCAAUUAAUCAAUUCUUAAAAUAGUGAAGUAUUUUGUACAUCUGUCUUAAAACACAAUAAUAAUAAUAAUAAUAAUGGGCAAACAAGUGUUUUUAUGAACAUUAUCAAUCAUAAGUUAAUGUUAUUACUUUAUAAUAUAUAUAUAUAUAUAUAUAUAUAUAUAUACUUUACAAUUAAGUAUGAACUGUAUUAUUCAAUUGGCACACUCGAGACUCCAUAGUUUUACAGAUCUAGUUGAAUUAGAUUUAAGCUGAUGUGUGGACUAAUUUAUAUUUUUAUUCAAGUUGUGAAGGUAAAACACUUGAGGUACACAAAUGUAAAGGUAGGACAGAAACAGGUAGUUUUUAGUAGCCAAAUGGUAAUGACGCACUGCAGUUGUUUGGUUGCUUGUCUUUUUAAUUUAUCAUUUUGUGUAUAUUUUGUGUAAUUUGCUUUGAGCCGACAUGUUUUCUAAUGAAAAUCUAUAGCUUUUGGAGUGGAUAAGAUUAAAAAUGAUAUUGAGGAAGAAUGCUGUUAAUAUAGGGGCAAUACAAAGUAAUGUAUGAACCACAUAUUGAUAUCUUGUUAGGGAUAUUGUGAAGAUGUUUACUGUAUGGAAGUGAAUAAAGUUUUUUUUUUCUUUAAAAUGUC